AUCUCUUUGUUUUUCUCCUUGUUUUCUUUUUUUAUCUCUUUGUAGUGUGACCAUUUGAUAAAGAAUACAACUUCUCAUUCCAGUGAAAUGCCAAUAAACAAUCAACAUAUACUCUCCUUAGUAUAUGCAGUAAAGGAGAUCAAUAGGAAUCCAAAAAUCUUACCAAACAUUAGCCUUGGAUUCCACAUCUCUAAUAGCUAUAUUGAUGCAAGGAUGAUAUAUCUGAAUACUUUGAAGCUUCUAUCCAGCCAAGAAAGGACUAUCCCUAAUUAUAGCUGUGAAAAACGGAAUAUGUUACCAGUUGUCAUUGGAGAAUCUGACUCCGAAAACUCACUUCUGAUGGCCAACAUCUUAAUCGCUUACAAGAUUCCACAGUCCUCCAGAUUUAGGCUGAAACCAAGGACAGAUAAAGCGGGAGUGGACUUUCUGAAUCUAGAUCCUUGGAAGCUGCAUCAUUUCCUGAGCAGAAUCUCAUUUAACAACAGUGUUGGGGACCAUGUGUCUUUCAAUGAAAAUGGUGAAUUAAGAUCCGGUUAUGACAUAACAAAUUUGAUUGGUUUUCCAAACAAAUCCCAUUUAAAUAUCAAAGUUGGAAGGAUUGAUCCAGAGGCUUCACCCAACAAACCAUUCAUUAUUAAUGAAGAUCUUAUCGUAUGGCACAAAGAGUUUAAGAAGGUGCCACCAUCUGCUGUCUGCAAUGAAAACUGUAAUCCAGGUUACAGCAGGAAAAAGCAGGAAGGGAAGCCAUUUUGUUGCUAUGACUGUAUUCCAUGUCCAGCUGGAAAGAUCUCAGAUCAGAAAGAUAUGGAUGACUGUUUCAAGUGUCCAGAAGAUCAGUACCCUAACAGAUCUCAAGAUAAAUGCCUGACAAAAAGUUUAAACUUUUUGACUUAUGAUGAAGCUUUGGGUAUCAGUUUAGCCCUUUCAGCUUGUUCUUUUGCUCUGCUCACAACUGCAGUGCUUGGAAUCUUUAUUAAGCAUAGAAAUACCCCCAUUGUCAAAGCCAACAAUCGGGAACUCUCUUAUCUUCUCCUAAUUUCCCUUCUUCUUUGCUUCCUCUCUUCAUUGCUAUUUAUCGGCCGUCCUGGGGAAGUGAUUUGCCCUUUACGACAAAUAGCUUUUGCUAUCAUUUUCUCAAUAGCUAUCUCUUGUGUAUUAGCAAAAACCAUCACUGUAGUUCUGGCUUUUAUGGCCACUAAGCCAGGAUCAGCUAUAAAGAAAUGGAUAGGAAAAAGGUUGUCAAAUUACAUUGUCCUUUUCAGCUCCCUAAUUCAGAUAGGAAUUUGUAUUUCCUGGCUUUGUAUAGCUUGCCCUUAUCCAGAUAUGGACAUGAUCUCCUUAACUGAAGAAAUUAUACUUGAGUGUAACAAAGGUUCAGUUGUUAUGUUUUAUUGUAUUCUGAGCUAUCUAGGAUCUCUGGCUAUUGUCAGCUUUAUUAUGGCUUUCCUGGCCAGGAAGUUGCCCAAUAGUUUCAAUGAAGCCAAAUUCAUCACUUUCAGCAUGUUAGUAUUUUGCAAUGUUUGGAUAUCUUUUGUUCCAACAUAUCUAAGUUCAAAGGGAAAAUAUAUGGUGGCUGUUGAAAUCUUUGCUUUACUGAGUUCCAGUGCUGGAUUACUUGGUUGUAUUUUCCUCCCCAAGUGUUACAUAAUUGUCCUGAGGCCUGAACUGAAUAAAAAGGACCAUCUAAUAAGGAAAAAUAUGGACUGUGGAAAAUGAUUAUAAGAAACUUAAUUUAAAAAAUGGAAGAUUCAAGAUUUCUAAUCUAGCUUGACCUUUGUCUGCUUGGUGGAUCAGAUUAAUUUGCCAAAUGAAAAGACUGAGAUGCAUUCAAAAGUGAAAGACAACAAAAUAAUUGUCUCAGAGUUAAAUUCAGUAUUUUAUGAAGACAUUGUUUUCUGGUUUGUAUAAUAAAGUUUACUUGGUUAAAGUGGUUGGCUUCUAACUAAUUCCUGAAGCUUCCUCAGGUGUAAGAUAAUAGAUGUGGUCCACAAAAUAUGAAAAAGAUGUACAGUGUAUCUGUAUAAUAUUGUUUUAUGGUUUGGUUUGUUAUUGUUUAUUUUAUGUGAUUUCAAUGUAGUGCAAAAGUUUAUUUAUGAUAACAGCUCUCCUCAGGCAACAUUAACUAUGGAGAAGGAACAAGGAUUAGAACUUCAACAAGUGUUCUCCCAAUCUUUCCAUGUUGAAAUAGAUUAUCUGAAAGGAAAUUGUAUUAAUGCAUAUUAAUUAACUAUGUUCAUCCAAAAGCACUAUUAACCUGAAAAGGAUCCACAAGGAAAAGAUAUUAAUUUUUUUCAAUUUUCUCUUAAUUGACUCAUGUCAUUUUGUCACAAGAAUUACAAUCCAAGUUAAAUAAAUAAAGGAAAGAAAUA